AUGGUGAUCAGCAUUAAUAAUGCAGUGAAUAGAUUCUUACUUGGCAUAGAUAUAUUUGGCCAAAGUUUCACCAUCAAUGUAAAUGGCAAAAGAAAUUAUACUACUGCUUGUGGUGGCAUAACUUCAGUAUUAGUGAUAGCUAUUGUGAUUAUGAGUUCCUGGAACACAAUUAUUAACUUUUUUUGGAAAUCAAACUUAUAAGUAUCUAUUUCCUCUGAACACAACAUGGAUUCCCCCAUUAUCAAAUUAGACUCCGACAAUUUUAUGUUAACCAUGGGUCUAAAAUAAUUGGACAAUACACAAUUACAAUAUUUCUAAAUCGAAAUUGAAUAGCGGUUGUAUAACAAUAAUUCCGAGUAGAUUAGUUAUAUUGAAUUAGAAAAAUGCUCAAAUGAGAGACUAUUACAACUUUAAGAGAACUAAACCAUUAAUAUGGCUUAAGUGCUUCCUUAAGAAUUCCAAGGGUCUCUUUUAUGUCUCAAAAAUAAUCAAACAUUGCAUUUCCAUUAGUCAGGCCCAAAUUAAUUGGAAUUUUUGAGAAUUAAUAUAAAAAAAUGCAAAAAUUUUACAAAUUCACAAUUAAGAUGUGCAUCAGAAGAUGAAAUCAAUUAAUUUGUUCAGAAGAAUAGAUAAUUCACUUUAUAGCUGUACUUUGCCAAUUAUAUACUGAACCCACAUAAUACAGGUGAAAACUAUGUGCAACAAUUCCUCGAUGAUUCAGUUACCAUUAGUUUUAUACCCUAAAAAUUGUUAAGGUCAGUAACUCUGCUUUUGAAGAAGUACAACUUAAUGAAUGACGAUAGUGUUAUGCCAUCAAAUGAAAAAUCAGAAGUCAAUUUAAUAUCUUCAUAAGAUAAGAUAGAGAUUGUUGAUCUCGGAAGAGAUGAUGAUGAAGUAUACGGAUAUAUAGAUAUAAAAUAAGAUAUAUUCACCACUACAAUCAAGAGAUCCUGUCUAAAAUUACACACUUUGCUUUCCUAUAUUGGGGGAUUAUUGCAAGCUCUAUCCUUAGUUUUAGGGUCUCUUAUAAUUUAAUACAAUAAAUUACAAAUGUCAUUAGAUUUGGCAAAUCAAAUAUUUUAGUUUGAAAAGAACUCUGAAGUAAAGAUAGAAUAGAUUAAAUAAUUAAAGGAAAUCAACAAUGUUAUCGAAUAGUAGAAAGAGCAAUCUAGAACUGAAAAGUCUCCUCAAAGUUAGAGAUAACUGCAUAAGUCCUAAGUAGAUUCUCCAUAUUGUGGGAGAGAAGUGAAUAAACUGUUUUUUAAUAUAUUGAGAUCAUAGUUUGAAUUUCAAACCAAUUCUGAAAGAAAGAUACAACUAAAUCAAAGAAAUAGGAUAAUUUCAAAGCAAUUUAAUUUCGAAAAGAAUAAUACUAAAUGGGUCUAGAAAUUUGGAUAUACAAGUUCUAAAGAUUAUUUUAGAAAAUCAAUUAUUGGAAUAUUAACCAGAUAUUCACCCUUAAUUUUAAACUUCAAAUUUUUAAUAAAUCAAAUCACAUUUGGUAAAUUGUUUUAAUGCAACGAUUCAAAAUUAUUAGAAAUAGCCUUGAAAAAGAUUAAUAUGCUAUCCGAUUCAAAGUAUCUCUUUGAAAAAUUGACUGAAAUAGAUAAGUUAAAAUAAAUAUUACUCACUAAAGAUUAGUUAGCUAUAUUCAACUUCACUUCCAAACCAAUCAUAAGUCUCAAAAUUAAAAAUAGAAGGGCUUCUAAAAACUCUCUUUACAAAUAGUAUAAUUAAUAUAUACAAAACAAAUAAAAUCUAAUCGAUGAUAUCGUUUACAAUUACGAAUAAGUUCUGUCUGUCUAUGAAAAAAUAGAGUCGACCAAAAACAUGUACCCAGAUAAUCAUUACUAAACUCACAUAAUAAGGAGAUUAAUUAAAUAAAUUGACCCAGAAUUACUGACAAUUUAUAGAUUGUAGAAGUAUAUUGAAAGUCAGGAAGUGAUAGAAUAAUUGAGUGAAGUCGAAUAAUAAUAAAACAGUGUGAAUUGUUUAAUAAGUGAUGAAGUAUGA